AUGGUAUUCAUGAUAUUUGGCGGGGCACAGCCACACGUCGAUUGCACAAAAGUUCCCGUAAGCGUUGAUCUAAAUUAUAGUGAUGAUGGAAAUACUGGUGUCAAUUCAUCGAAAAGUGCUCAUUCAGUAACGAAAAGUAGCUAUGAAUUCAAAUCUGCGGCAAUUGAGGUGAGGUUGCUUCAUUUGCUUUAUAGGAAUGGGUGUCGUUCAUCAAAAGCGCUUUUCAGAAAGCACACUUCCAUCUUCGAUCUGUUGUGUGAUCAGAAAUGGUGGUCGGCUUACGCAACAUCCAUUCAAAUGACCGGACUUAUCGUUGGAGCGUUCAUCAACGGGCUCUUAUCCGACAGGCUUGGAAGACGAAAGGUGAAGGCGUUCGGCGGUGACAAGCAGCAGUUUGAUUCACAAUGCGGAGUCAUUUUGACCGAAAUUACUGAAUCGUAUUUUUUUGAUCAGGGUAUAUCUCAACGGGAAGAAGUGCCCCAUCAAUAA